UACUUACUUACAGUACUGACUGACUUCGUUACUUACCCACGGCCUGGCUCCACCGAGAAGACGAAGAAAUACGAAACUUCCGGGAAGAAAAGAGAAGACGGAGAGAAGCAGGAGAGAAGAAGCCAGAAGAAGAGCAAAAGGAAGACGGUACCCCAGCAUGCAGCCGGCGCAUAA